AUGUCCCACCUCCGCACCCUCUACCGCUCCCUCCUCCGCGAGCUGCCCCCCCGACCGGUCCUCUCCUCCCCCCGCGCCGACCUCCACCAGCACCUCCGCGACAACUUUGCCUCCUCCUCCUCUGAAAAGAAAGCCGACAUCGCCGAGCAGUACCUCUCCUACCUCAAAGCCCAAAGGACAUACGUCACCCUGGUCGAGCGGUACAACCCCGGCAUGGGCAUGGACGAAGAAGAAAGAGUGCGCCUCACCGCGAGAAGGGUGGGGAUGGAUCUUCCCAAGGAGUAUGGGUUUGAGAAGGGGCAGAAGUGA